UCUUUUUCGCCAGUGGUGACUAAAAAUAUUUGAAGCUCUGUGCCUCUGGUUUUAAAUGUCAACCUCUAUAGACAUUAAAUUAUCCCGAUCCAACCGCAUUUACCGCCCUUCUGAUUCUCUGAAAGGAAAAAUAAUAAUCAAAUCAGCUUCUUCACUCUCUCACUAUGGAAUUCGCCUCUCUCUCAAUGGAUCCGUUAACUUACAGGUUCGAGGAGGAUCUGCAGGUGUUAUUGAAUCUAUUUAUGGCGCUAUCAAGCCUAUUCCUAUUGUGAAUAAGAGCUUUGAGAUUAGGUCUUCGGGAAAGAUUGGUCCAGGUACAACAGAGAUACCAUUCUCUGCAAUUGUUAAGAAACCUGGAGAAGAAAAUUUGGAAAAGUUUUAUGAGACCUUCCAUGGAACAAAUGUUAGCAUUCAGUAUUUGCUGACUGUAGAUAUAUUGAGAGGAUAUUUGCAUAAAUCCUUAUCUACAACCAUGGAAUUUAUAGUCGAAAGUGAUAAAGUUGAUCUUCCCGAGAGACCAGUUUCUCCUGAAAUGGCUAUCUUUUACAUUACUCAAGAUACUCAGAGACAUCCGCUGCUUCCUGAACUAAAAUCAGGUGGGUUUCGGGUGACGGGAAGGGUAUCUACUCAAUGUUCCUUGUUGGAUACUAUCAGUGGAGAGCUAACAGUAGAAAGGUCUGCAGUUUCCAUUAGCUCCAUUGACAUUCACUUGCUUCGAGUAGAGUCAAUUCUUCAUGGAGACAAAAUUGUAACCGAAACCUCUUUGAUUCAGACCACACAGAUAACAGAUGGAGAUGUGUGUCGCAACAUGACUUUACCCAUAUAUGUUAUCUUACCCCGUCUUUUGACUUGUCCAACUGUCUUAGCUGGUCCAUUUUCAAUCGAGUUCAAGUUGUCGAUUAUGAUCACCUUUCAGUCAGAACUCUCGAAAUUGCAUAAAAAAUCAGAUCCAAGAACUCCAAGGCUCUGGCUGGCCAUGGAAACUUUACCACUUGAACUUGUCCGAUCACGGUGAGCAAUGAAUAUGAGGGAAGCAUUUAGCAGAUAUCUUUUGUAUUUGAAAAAUAUAGUUUUAGGGGGUUUUUUGUUUGUCAAAAGUUUUAGGGGUUUUUACUUGUAUAAUAUUCUUACAAUUAUGUCAUUACCUUUAAAAAUUGUGGCUAGUAUAAAAUAUCUUAUUAAUGAUAAUUAAUAAUUUGUGAUA